AAAGCCGCCGCCAUUUUGGGUUCCGUGCGGAGCGGCUUCCGCUGCCGUGAAAUAAACAAGGGGGCGGAGGGCGCGAAAGGACGGAGUGGGAGCCGCCGCGGGAAGCCUGUGCGGCGGGGGGACGCCGCCGCUUGCCGGAGCCGCCGAUGUGGUGGGAGCGGGGGCGCCAGUGUGGCCCGGGCCCGGGUUAGCGUGAAACGCAGCAGGGAGCCGCCGCCGCUGCCAGAAUGAAACGAGGAAGGAAGAAUAGUGAGGCCAACAAUAGUUCAUCAGAGGAGGAGGUUGGAGGAGAAUCUAAGAAACAGAAGAUUACAGAUGAAGAAUCCACUGAAAUCUCUCUGAGUCCUGAUUGGGGUAAUCUCCUUCCAGACAUUAUCCUGCAGGUGUUUCAGUACUUGCCUCUUCUUGAUCGUGCUCAUGCAUCACAAGUCUGCCGAAGAUGGAAUCAGGUGUUUCAUAUGCCUGAUCUCUGGAGAUGUUUUGAGUUUGAACUGAAUCAACCAGCUACAUCUUACUUGAGGGCUACGCAUCCUGAGCUUAUCAAUCAGAUUAUUAAAAGGCAUUCCAAUCAUCUACAGUAUGUUAGCUUCAAGGUGGAUAGCAGCAAGGAAUCAGCAGAAGCAGCUUGUGAUAUUUUAUCACAACUUGUGAAUUGCUCUUUAAAAACACUUGGACUAAUUUCAACCGCUCGACCAAGCUUCAUGGAUUUACCUAAGUCACAUUUUAUCUCUGCACUGACAGUGGUGUUUGUAAACUCCAAAUCCCUCUCUUCACUUAAAAUAGAUGAUACGCCAGUAGAUGAUCCGUCCCUCAAAGUACUAGUGGCUAACAACAGUGAUACGCUCAAGUUGUUAAAAAUGAGCAGUUGUCCUCAUGUUUCUCCUGCAGGUAUCCUUUGUGUGGCCGACCAUUGUCAUGGUUUACGUGAGUUGGCACUGAACUACCAUCUCUUGAGUGAUGAGCUUCUGCUUGCUUUGUCUUCUGAGAAACACGUCAGAUUAGAACAUUUGCGCAUUGAUGUAGUCAGUGAGAAUCCUGGACAGACUCACUUCCACACAAUUCAGAAGAGCAGCUGGGAUGCUUUCAUCAAGCAUUCUCCCAAAGUAAACUUAGUCAUGUACUUUUUCUUAUACGAAGAGGAGUUUGACCCAUUCUUCCGUUAUGAAACCCCUGUGACCCACCUUUACUUUGGGAGGUCAGUAAGCAAAGAUGUACUUGGUCGUGUUGGAAUGACAUGUCCUCGAUUAGUUGAACUGGUUGUGUGCGCCAAUGGAUUACGGCCACUAGAUGAAGAGCUUAUUCGUAUUGCAGAACGCUGUAAGAAUCUGUCAGCUAUUGGCCUAGGGGAGUGUGAAGUCUCUUGCAGUGCCUUUGUUGAGUUUGUGAAGAUGUGUGGUGGCCGCCUCUCUCAGCUGUCUAUAAUGGAAGAAGUCUUAAUUCCUGAUCAGAAGUACAGCUUGGAGCAGAUUCAUUGGGAAGUGUCAAAGCAUCUUGGUAGAGUCUGGUUCCCAGACAUGAUGCCCACAUGGUAAAGUCCUUAAAGACUUCAGGGCAUGUGAAAUAGCACCUUACUUUUGAGAAUACCAUAUUGCAACUUAUCACAAUCUUAUUUAAUAUUAUAAUUUUUAUUGUAAUGUCACUGCUUUGAUUAGAAAAUUGAUGUCAUGUUUAGCACUAAUUUCUGAAAUCCACAUUUUCUAUGCUUAAACCUGGAUAUUCCAGAAAACACUUUCAUUCUAAUAAAAUUAGUCUGUUUUUAGGUUUUCUCACUUUGCCAUUGACAAUGACCCUAAAUUUAUGUAAAUAAAAUUUGAAAAUAUUGACAUUUAAAAGUUGUGGUUGCAAAAUACUAGCUACGAAUUACAAUAUUUUCUCUCUGUUACUUUGAUAUAGAUACUAAUAGUGAACAGACUGAUUUGUAUUGACUUAAAAAGGGAGGUGAGAUUGAAUGCUUUUACUGCAGACUAUAGCAGUUACCUAGUGUUUAAAUUACAUGAACUGCCUGAACUACAGAAUUUUAAGAUUAUAUGGAGCAUUUAGUAGGCUAUGAAACUCAUACAUUAUAGUAGUAAAUUAAGAGGCAAGACAACAGAAGUAUUGUUUAGACACUUUAAAAAUAUUAAAUUUGCUACUUGUUUAAUUUCUGAUGAGUAAUUUGCACACAAUGUAUUUUAUAGAUGAGGGUUACCAAAAGCUUUUUUUCUCUAUGCAUUUUUCUAAUGUAAACUUGACAUUUCUAGGGUCUUCAGAGCCAUUUCUAAACUUGUUUUAAAAUAUUAAUUAUAGCUCAGAAUGCUGAAGUAUUCUGGAAGAAAUUGUAGAUAUACUAUAUUUUGACACUAGUUGGAACUGACAGGCUUUUCUCAAAAGUUAAAAUCAGUCUUGCAGCAUUUGAUUAGCUGGAGUACUGCAUAUAUUUCUAGAUAAGAGGAAGCUAAAAACAUGCAGAGAAACGUUUAAAUGUAAUGGCUGUUUAAGUAAAGAGAAUAGAACAGAGUGAACACUGAACUUUAAAAGGAGUCUAAGGAGCCAUUAGACCCCAAAAAAAAACCAUCUUGGAAGACCCAUUAACUGCUUGCAAAUUUAAGAGAAAAAUGGCUUUGUAACUAAAUUGCCUAAACUAUAUAAAUUGCUAUUCUGUAAAUCUAGCUUCAGAAAUGUUCGUAUAUGAAGUGACUGUUUGAUAGCUAUCCAUUUUUUGUAUUCCUUUAUUUCAACUAGUUUCAGAUCAUUUCAUAUUUAAAACUCAGAGCAUCAAACCUGUGUGAAAUAGAGCAAUAUGCAGAAAUUAGAUGUACAAUUUCACAAAAGUACGAUUUAUAAAUUGUUUUGAUCAAAGAAAAUGUUAGCCUACAGUGAACUUUGCUGGUGGCAUGCUUUCCAUUUUUGGGUUGUACAGUUAGCUCUUGUAAUAAACUAAGUAGAUUUUGUUUACUUCUAAUGUUCAUUUUGCUCCAAAUGUAUAGUUUGAGGAUAAACUGUAAAAUUUAUAAUAUGGGCAUAUUUAACUUUAUAAUGGUUUUUUGAGCAAGCAUUACUCAGUGGACUGACAUCUUAACAGUAAAGCUACAUGUUUCUGUAGAGGUUUGUGAUUAAGAAUCAUUCUAUUGAGUAGGCAACUUUUUUUGUAUUAGAAUUUGUUAAAAUAUAGCACUAAAAUUGCUUUUAUUUGUACAAAGGUGUCAAUAUACUUAACAUUUUCUUUUACAAAGA